AGAAUCUUGGGCCUUUUUGUGCUGGGGAGAUGCCCACUUUUGGUUGAUCUCCCAUGGCGACAGCUGACUCGUUUCUUGCGCAGGGCUCGGACGCCUUCCAUGCGACCCUCGCGGCGCAGCUUGAAGCCGCGAUGGACAAGCCGCUGCCGCAGGUCGAGGUUCGGUUCCACAAUCUCUCGAUUUGUGCCGAAAUGGUCGUCGCGGCCAAGGACGGACCCGAUCUCCCGACCCUCGUGAACGAGCUCAAGAAGGCGGUGCGUGGCCUCUUUGCGGCUAAGCGGUCGAUCCGGAAGGACGUGCUGCACCCGAUGACUGGUGUCUUCAAGCCGCGCACGACGACGCUCUUGCUUGGCCAGCCCGGUUCGGGCAAGUCGUCGCUCAUGAAGCUAUUGAGUGCCCAGUUUCUCAUGGCCAAAAACAUCACCGUCGGCGGCCAAAUCACGUACAACGGCUCGCCCCUCGAAGCGCUCCGAGCCAAAGUGCCUCAGUUUGCGUCGUACGUGCACCAGCGCGACUACCACUACGCGACGCUCACCGUCAAGGAGACGCUUGCCUUUGCGCACGCGUGCAGCGGCGGCGCACGCGUGCCGCCGCAUGUGGCGUCGGCGCUGACCAAAGGGCCACCCAAUGCCGUCACGGCGGCGCAAUCCGUGUUAACGUCGCUCUACGCGGUCUUUCCGGACGUCGUGACGCGUCAGAUGGGCCUCAAGAUCUGUGAAGACACGAUCGUUGGCAACGGCAUGCUCCGCGGUGUUUCGGGCGGUGAGCGCAAGCGUGUGACGGUCGGCGAGAUGGAGUUUGGCAUGAAGCAGGUGUCGUUCAUGGACGAGAUCAGUACGGGCUUGGACGCUGCAGCGACGUACGACAUUGUCAAGGCGCAGAAAGGUAUGGCCACGUCGCUCCGCAAGACGAUUGUGAUUGCGCUUUUGCAGCCGUCGCCCGAAGUCUACGGCCUCUUUGACGAGGUCCUCCUCCUCAACGAAGGCUACGUCAUGUACCACGGUCCGCGCGCCACGUGCUUGGAGUACUUCGAGUCGCUCGGCUUCAAGUGCCCUUUGCACCGCGAUGUCGCUGAUUUUUUGCUCGACCUUGGUACGCCGCAGCAGGACCAGUACCGAAUUGCGGCGGCGGAUCUCUCCAUCCCGCGCCUCCCGAGCGAGUACGCAGCGGUCUUUGAAGCGUCGGCCAUCUAUGCGAACAUGUUGGAAUACGUCAACUCGACGGCGACGAACCCCGCGCUCGCACACGACGUGACGCACCACCUCGCGUUGCUGCCCGCGUACUUUGGCUCGUUUGGGAAAAGCACGCAGCUCCUCGUGAAGCGCCAAGUGACGGUCUUUCUCCGCAACAAGGAGUUUGUCCUGAGUCGCAUGGUCAUGGUGCUGCUCAUGGGCUUCCUCUACUCGACGUCGUUCUACCAAGUCGAUGCCGACCAGAUCAUCACCGUGCUUGGUGUCAUCUUUACGACCGUCAUGUUCCUCGCGCUCGGCCAACUGCCCGCGAUCCCGGGCCACGUCGAAGCGCGCGAGAUCUUUUACAAGCAAAAGCGCGCCAACUUUUUCCGGACCUCGUCGUUCAUUUUAGCGCAGUGCACGACCCAAGUACCGUUUGCGUUCCUGGAGACGAUCCUCUUUGGCUCGGUCAUGUACUGGGUCACGGGCUUCACCUCGAAUGCCGCGUCGUUCCUGACGUACCUCCUCCUGCUCUUCGUGACCAACCUCGCGUUCACGACGUGGUUCUUCUUUGUCGCGUCGCUGUCGCCGAAUCCCAACGUUGCGCAGCCCGUUGCAAUGGUGUCGGUGCUGCUCUUUGUGCUCUUUGCGGGCUUUAUCAUGUCGGCGGAUGACAUGCCCCCGUACUUUAUCUGGAUCUACUGGAUCGAUCCGCUCGCGUGGUGCAUUCGCGCGUUGGCCAUCAACCAGUACUCGGCGCCCGAGUUUCAAGUCUGCAAGUACAAGGGCAUCGACUACUGUAGCAUUCUUGGCGACACGUUUGGCAAUGCGCAGCUCAAGCAGUACGGCGUCAAAUCUGGCAUGAUCUGGGUCUGGUAUGCCGUGAUCUACCUCGCAUUUUGCUACGUCUUCUUUAUGCUCUUGGCCUAUGUGACGCUCGAGUACGUACAGUACGACAGCGCCGAGCAUGCUCCGAUCGUGCUGGAGCCAGAGACCAACGAUACGUACACGGCGGUGCCCAAGACACCAACACACGCCGUCUCAGUGCGCGUCGACGACAGCCCCCGGGGGUCAAUCGCCCCUGUCACACUGGCCUUCAAAGACCUUUCAUAUUCGGUGCCCAACCCAACGAAGGGUGAGCCCGAUCUGAAGCUGCUACAGAAUGUCAACGGAAUUGCGCUGCCGGGUACGAUCACAGCACUCAUGGGCUCGUCGGGCGCCGGCAAGACGACCUUAAUGGACGUCAUUGCGGGUCGCAAAACGGGCGGCACGAUCACGGGUGACAUUCUGCUCAACGGGUACCCCGCCACGGACCUUGCGGUGCGUCGCGCGACUGGCUACUGCGAGCAGAUGGAUAUUCACUGUGAGAGUGCCACGUUUCGCGAGGCGUUUCAAUUCAGUGCGAUGCUGCGCCAGGCGAGUGCCACGUCAGUGACCAAGAAAAUGGCAUUUGCCGAAGAAUGUCUGGAGCUUCUCGGUAUGCAGGCCCUCGGUGACAAGAUCAUUCGCGGCGCGUCCGUCGAGCAGAUGAAGCGCUUGACGAUCGGUGUCGAGCUCGCGGCGGCGCCAUCCGUGCUCUUCUUGGAUGAGCCGACGUCGGGUCUCGACGCGCGCUCGGCCAAGAUCAUCAUGACGGGUAUCCGCAAGAUCGCGUCGACAGGUCGCACGGUCGUUUGCACGAUCCACCAGCCGUCCACCGAGGUCUUUGAGAUGUUUGACUCGCUCCUCCUCCUCAAACGCGGCGGCCACACAGUCUUUUUCGGCGAGCUUGGACCUCAUGCGAGUCACUUGAUCGAGUACUUUAGUCGAGUGCCCGACACGCCGCCGCUCCUCGAAGGUGCCAACCCCGCCACGUGGAUGCUCGAAGUCAUUGGCGCCGGCGUCGAGGCCAAGAACGCGCACCCGAAGGAUUAUGUGCAGAUUUUCCACAGCUCGGCCGAGCGCCAAGCGCUUCUCGAUUCGCUUGCGGUCCAUGCUGUCGUUAGUCCGUCGCUGCCCGAGCUCAAAUUUAGCUCCAAGCGUGCGGCGACAUCGAUGACGCAAUUUACGAUGGUGACGCAGCGCUUCUUCCGCAUGUACUGGCGCAUAGCGUCGUACAACAACACGCGCAUUCUCAUCUCAAUCUUCCUCGCAGUCCUCUUUGGGUUGGUCUACCGCGGGGUCGACUACACGACGUUCUCGGGCGCGACCGGCGGUGUCGGCAUGGUCUUCCUCACGUCGCUCUUUGUCGGCAUGAUCUCGUUCAACAGCGUCAUUCCGCUUGCGGGCACCGAGCGCGCGUCCUUCUACCGCGAGCGCGCGUCCGAGACGUACGACGCGCUCUGGUACUUUGUCGGGUCGACGCUCGCCGAGCUCCCGUACGUGGUCGUGUGCACCUUUGCCUUUGUGAUCGUCUACUACCCGUUCGUCGGGCUCAAAGAAUCGGUCGGCGCCUGCCUCUUUUACGGCUUCAACCUCUCGCUCAUGGUCUUGAUGAACGUCUACAUGGGCCAGUUGAUGGCAUAUGCGAUGCCGUCGGUCGAGGUCGCGGCGCUUGUCGGCAUCCUCCUCAACUCGAUCUUCUUCCUCUUCAUGGGCUUUACGCCGACCGCGUCGCAGAUCCCGAUGGGGUACCGCUGGCUGUACACGAUCGUGCCGCCCAAGUACUCGAUGGCGAUUCUGACGUCGCAGACGUUUGCGAAAUGCAACGGUGACGACCCGACGCAGCUCGGGUGCCAAACGAUGAAGAACGUGCCGCCAAUUUUGCUGCUGAAAAUGAACGCGACGAGUGUGACUGUCAAGCAGUACGUGGAACACACGUACGAGAUGUACUACGACGACGCGCUCCUCGACAUUGUCGUCGUGCUCGGCUGCAUUGUGUUUUUCCGACUGCUUGCGUAUCUCGCGCUGCGCUUUAUCAACCACCAGAAACGCUAAGAAGCGCUAUU